AAGAGAGAGGUUAAAAAAGGCUGACGCUGUGUUCAGGGUGGUCCGAUUAACAAACAUGGCUUUUCUCUGGUUGGUGUCCUGCCUCUCCUUGGUCAGCGCAGCCUACGGCUGUGGUGUGCCUGCUAUCCCCCCUGUGGUGACCGGAUAUGCCCGUAUUGUGAAUGGUGAGGAGGCAGUGCCCCACUCCUGGCCCUGGCAGGCCUCUCUGCAGGACUUCACUGGCUUCCACUUCUGCGGCGGCUCCCUGAUCAACGAGAACUGGGUCGUGACCGCAGCUCACUGCAACGUCAGAACUAGCCAUCGUAUCAUUCUGGGAGAGCACAACAAAGCCAAGAGUGGAGAGAAAAUCCAGACCCUGAGAGUGAACAAGGUAUUCACUCAUCCCAACUGGAAUCCCAAAACCAUUGAAAAUGACAUCGCCCUGGUAAAGCUGGCUUCCCCAGCCUCCAUUGAGAGCACAGUUUCCCCCGUCUGCCUGGCUGGGAGUAAUGAUGUGUUCGCCCCUGGCUUGAAAUGCGUGACCAGUGGAUGGGGACUGUUGCGCCAUAACGCUCUGUUUACCCCUGACAAGCUGCAGCAGACUGCCCUGCCUCUGCUGUCUAAUGAUGACUGCAAGAAUCACUGGGGAUCCAAUAUCACCGGUACCAUGAUCUGCGCUGGUGCUGACGGUGCAUCUUCUUGCAUGGGUGACUCUGGUGGUCCUCUGGUGUGUCAGAAGGACAACGUGUGGACCCUGGUGGGUAUUGUCUCCUGGGGCAGCAGCACCUGUUCCACCACCACUCCUGCCGUUUACGCCCGUGUCACUGAGCUCCGAGCCUGGGUGGACCAGACAUUGGCUGCCAACUAAAACCACAAAAGCAUCCCUUUCCUUCAACAACCAAGUGUGUUCAGUACUCCCCAAUGUAUCAUCUUCAAUAAAUGGAUUAUCUCCACCUUCACAACCAAUAAAACCACUUUGCCUUCUCAUUUUCUCA